AUGGUCGUCGCCGCCGACGGCUUCUCCUUCUCCAUCAACCACGCUUGCAGGCCGCAGCAAGUCAGCCAAGGCGGCGACCUCCACGAUGCAAAAAUGGCGCAUCUCAGCCGCGAAAUUGAGUAUCGUGCGAUUUCUGAUGAAAACUGGCGUCGUGCUUCCAUUCCGGGCAUGAAUUCAGAAGCUGUACGACAAUCUGCAGCCGGGAUGAAUCAGUCUUACCAGAAUCCACCGGUUGUGAACAAUGGAGAUGAAGAGGAUGAAAUCAUGGAUGACAUCGAAGGUGACACGUAUAUGCCAUUUGUUGAUGAUGCAACUACUCCUCGACCAGUUGCACCAUAUGUAGGUCAGGUGUUCGACACCAUCGAGGAAGCACAGAAGGUGUAUAAUAAGUAUGCAAAGAAGCUUGGAUUUGGCACUAGGAUAUGUUACACAAAGAGGACACAGAAGAAGGGGUGUGAUCACAUAAUCAGGAGAGAGUUUGAGUGUGUUCAUGCAAGAGGGGGGAAAGGGCAGGUAGGAGGAGAAGAAGGUGGUUGUGAUCCUGAAUGGUAUGACGCAACAGAAGAAGAUGGCAGCGCAUCGAACAAAGAACCAGACUUUGGUAAUAAAAAGGUUGCUCCGAAACGGUGCAGAAAUAAGGUGAACAUGCAUGAAUGCAGAGCACAGAUGACUGUGUUGUUGAGGAAUGGAAAAUGGGAAGUCUCUGUUUUUGAGGAGCAACAUACACACCCAAUGAUGAGUAGGGAAGAAUGGACGAGGUUCUACAGAUCUCAUAGGAAGGUGCCAUAUGAGGACUACAUGUUUCUGAAGACACUGCAUAAUCGGAACAUACCGACCGCAUUGAUCAUGGCAACACUUGGAGACUUGCGUGGGACAGUAGGCAACUUACCAUACACUGACAGAGAUGUUGCAAACAUUCGAACUAAGAUGAGGGAUGAGGUGUCUUUGAAUGAUAUGGCGAAAACAAUGGAGUAUUUUGAGAAGCUUUCUGCAGAGAGUCCACGGUUCUACUAUGCGAAGCUAGAAGAUGAGAAUAAAGCAGUGAGGGCACUUUUCUGGGUGGAUGGACGAACCCGGGAGGCAUACAAGAAAUUCAAAGACCGCGUCUUCUUUGACACUAUGUUUUGUACAAACAGGUAUGAUAUGCCGUUUGCACCAAUAGUGGGGAUCAACAACCACAUGCAGACCAUAAUGUUAGGAUGUGCGUUGAUUCCGGAUGAGAAAAUUGAGACAUUCAAGUGGGUGUUUGAGAGGUGGAUGGAUGCAAUGGGGCAUGAUCCUCCUGGGGCAUAA